AUAAAAUGCUCAUCUCUCCUUUCAUUGGCACCUUGGCAGCUUAUCGAGUCGCUUUUAUAACUUGACCCAUUGGCAAAAACUCGUUCGGUUUCCUGUAAAUGUCAAUCGGUACCAUCUGAGGGAGGAAGGUGGAGGAGAUUCACCCAGAGACCUGUUGAUCGUCUGCUUGCGCUGCGAUGGAGGAGAUGGGCAGAAGACUAUGAUAUCAACCUGAGGAAGGAACAUCAGAAGAACUCUCUCAGGCAAUAAUGGAGAUCAUUGAUGCUCAGUGUGCUUUGGAAGCUGUUGAAAGAUUGCAAGCCAAACUGAAGGAGCGAGGGGAGGCUCCCACUCAGGAGAAACUGUCUGUGCUGAAGACUGUCCUGCAAAGCCCUCUCUUCCUGCACAUACUCAGUUUGCAGAAAACUGAGCCAAAGCCCUCAGUGAAGGGGAAAGGCGUUUCCAAGUCGGUGUCCCUAAACUGUGGUCCAUGUUCGGACUUACCUGUUGGCUUGAAGGCACUCAGCCACAGUGACUCAUACACCUGGGCUGUGGAGAACAGAAGGUCUUUUCACAAGGAUGGCAGCAACUCCUCUCUUGGCUCGCAGGAGCUGUCCUUUUCAGAUAUCUACCCAGAAGACUCUUCUCACUUGGAAUCUCAGUACUGUACUCCUCCUCGUAUCUCUCGCACAAUGUCGAUGGGUAGAAACCUUUCUGCUAUUGCACAUGAGAGGCGUCAUAUUGAGAUAAUAGAGCUGACCAAUGACGGGAAAGGACUUGGUUUUGGCAUCGUAGGAGGACGAAGCACAGGAAUCAUGGUCAAGACAAUCUUACCUGGAGGUGCAGCAGGAUGGGACGGUCGAUUGCGUAGCGGAGAUCAAAUUCUGCGAAUUGGAGAUACAGACCUAGCAGCCAUGAGCAGUGAAGAAGUCGCACAGGUGCUGCGAAAUGCUGGCAACAGGGUGAAACUCCUUAUUGCAAGGGAUGUUACCAAACCCAAUUACCUCUCCUCCCCUGCUCUGAACCAGGACAGCUCAGAUGACAAGCCCAAUGAAUCCAAUAAGGAGAAAGAGUUCAGUGUCCAGUUUACUAAAAAUAGCCGGGGCCUUGGCUUCUCUGUCUCAAGUUAUGUAGGAGACCUGAACACAGUCCCCAGUACCGGUGUGAUGGUGAAGAGCAUUGUAAAAGGCAGUUCUGCAGAUCAAGAUGGACAAAUACGUGUUGGAGACAUCCUCCUUUCUGUGGAUGGUGUGAACCUUCAUGGCUGCAGUGAACAGCGUGCCCUGGAGGUGCUUAAAAAGACCGGUCCUGUGGUCAGACUGAAGCUGCUGAGAAAGGCCAUCCGCCCUGGUCCAAUCCUUCCCUCCGUUCCUCCUCUGCAACCCCUCCGACACUUCCACAGCUUCCAUGAAGGCAGCCCUUACAAAUCAGGACUCGGCAAGAUUCAAGAGACAGGAAUCAGGUCUUUGCGUGAAAUCUCCCGGCGAGCAGCAUAUGCCAGCAGACGACCCCAACACGAUCCUAGAGAGGGUGUGAAACUGGCUCCAGAAGAAGAGGAAAACCUGAGGAAGAGGUGGCAGCAUGCAGUUGGACACCAAUAUGAAGUGAUAGUCUGUCAGCUGGAGAGGUUCAGUGAGACAAGUGGUCUAGGUAUCAGUUUGGAGGCUCGGGUAGGACAUCAUUACCUGUGCUCCAUCUUACCUGAGGGACCAGUUGGCCAAAGUGGCAAAAUCUUUACUGGGGAUGAGAUACUGGAGGUAAAUGGAAUCCCCCUCAUUGGACAGACACAUAAAGAAGUGGUCAGUAUUUUAAAAGAACUGCCAGUGCAAGUAUACCUGGUGUGCUCCCGCAUUGUCCCCCCUUCACUGCAUGACAGUGAUGAAGAAGGAAAUGAUGAAGUCUGCCUCAGUCUCAAAGAGCUACUGGCUGAGUUCAAUGAAAAGCUGGAUCACGGCUGUGUCAUUCCCUGUCCUACAGCUGAAGACAUUACAAAGCGGGGUGUGCCCCCGAUGUCACCUCCUCUGGCUAUGUGGGAGAGAGAAGCCCAAGUCGUCGAGCUGGAAAAAGGCGAGUCGGGACUCGGCUUCAGUAUCCUGGACUACCAGGAUCCAGAGGACGCCUCCAAAACAGUGUUAAUAAUCCGUUCCCUAGUUCCUGGUGGCGUAGCAGAUCAAGAUGGCCGCUUGCUACCUGGCGAUCGACUAAUGUUUGUUAAUGAAACUGACCUAGAGGGCUCCAGUCUGGAUUAUGCCGUGCAUGUGCUCAAGUCUACUGAAUAUGGACCCGUGCGCAUUGGGGUUGCUAAACCCCUGCCGCUGGAAUUGUGUGGUGGCUUGACACCAAUAGCAGAGCGAAGUGCACGGCCUUCGACCGAUGACACCGACAGCCACACUCAGAUCAGCCUGCUAGCUGAGGCCAAUUUCAACUGCACAACUUGGAACACCGACGUUAGCAGCUUUAGUCAGCCGUGUUGCACGGAAAACCAGCUGCGUUAUCGCUGCAGCGCUAUGGAAGAUGAUAGUAGGCAGCAAGCCCCACCUCUGCCCCCUCGCACAAGCUUUGAGAGGACAAUCACUGUAGUCCGGGGCAACCGUAGCCUUGGGAUGUCGGUGAGUGCUAUCAAGGACGGCACAGGCAUUCUGGUCCGGAGCGUGGUCCAGGGGGGCUCUGUUUGCCAGGAUGGCAGGCUGGGGGUGGGGGAUAUCAUCUUGGCCAUAAAUGGAGAACCUGCCUCAAAUCUGACCAGCGCCCAGGCCAGGGCCAUGCUCCGCAGACACUCUGUCAUAGGGCCAGAGAUGAGGAUAACCUACGUUCCAGCUCAUCAGGUGGAUGAGUACCGAACACGUUUAUGUUUGCCCCCUCUGGCGUCCAUCUCAACAGGCAGUCCAUCUUCUUCGCCCACCCUUCCUGCUUCGUCUCCUGAGCCUGCGUCAGGCCCAGUCAGAUCCUUCAGUCCCACGGCUUCAUCAGCGCUCAGAUUGUCUUCCAUCGUCAAAUAUAAAACAACGGCUCCGGAUCUACCUGCAGUCAGGGCCACGGCUUCAUUCAAAGCUUUUAAAGACGCUGCACUAGUCCCCGUCAUCACCCCAGCGUCAGACUCAAGUUGGCAGAUUCCAAAAUCUCUCCAAAUACCUCCAAACAUCAAUGAGAAGGAAAAAGAUGGAGACAUUUUAAAGGAGAGGGAGGACAAAAUAAAAGAAGACAUGAGAGUAAAAAAUCCAGAAGUGAAAAUAAAAGUUGAUGGCAAGGAAGAGGACAAUGAAGAACUUUGUUCCCACGCAGCCUGGUCUUGGGAUAAACCUAGAAGUGUGCAGCUGACUCGAGCACCCAGCCAGUCCCUGGGUAUAAGCAUUAUGGGAGGCAGAGGCAUGGGCCGCAGACUGAGCAGUGGAGAGAUGAUGAGGGGAGUCUUCAUCAAGCACAUCAGCCCUGACAGCCCUGCAGCACUUAAUGGCACCCUCCGGGUUGGAGACAGGAUACUGGAGGUGAGUGGUGUGGACCUGAGAGAUGCCAGCCAUGAACAGGCAGUAGAAGCCAUUCGCAGGACAGGAGACACUGUGGAUCUUCUGGUUCAGUCUGGACUACAUAGAGCACAGUCUCCCAAUGUCAUCAGUUGUGAAAGACUAUCUCCAACACGGCUGUCCAACUCUCACAAUAAAGAGACAGGGACUCUCAGCAGUCGGUUCCUUAGUCUAUCUCCUGCAAACCCCUUCACUCCCACCCCCUUUAAGGCCCCGUCGCCAACAUCCGAUAGAAUGGAUCGAAGAAGCCCCAUAAAUGUCACAACAGCAGCAAAUGCAGCAGCUGAGGACGGAGAUGACACCAGCAGGAAGAAGAUGCUCCAGCGCUAUGGCAGCCUGUCAGGAAAGCUUCAUCUGAUUGAAUUGGAGAAGGACCCUGCAGCCCAUGGUUUGGGAAUUAGACUCGCAGGCAACGACGAGGGCUCCAGGGCGCGAAUGAGUGUCUGUGUGGAAGCAAUAGACCCCCGAGGCCCCGCUGGUUUAGAUGGGAGAAUACAGGUUGGGGAUGAGCUACUGGAGAUCAAUGGUAAAAUCUUGUAUGGUAGAAGUCACCAAAAUGCCUCAACGAUCAUCAACAACGCCCCCUCUAAAGUGAAGAUCAUACUCAUCCGAAAUAAAGCAGAUCAAAUGCCAAAGAUAAUCAAAAAAGAGAGUGAAGACACCGUGGACUCCAAGACAGACGCUGCAGAGGUUGAAUCGCCUGGAAUUGAGCAUAUCUUUCUACCUCAGGAUCAUGUAGGUCUGGGCCUUUGCCUCAGUGAGGACUACUCCAAAGGAGGAGUGGUUGUCAGCUCACUAAUGCAGCACGGCACUGCCAUUAAGGAUGGCAGGAUUCAAGUUGGAGACAGAGUCCUAGCAGUGGGUGAUGAACCUGUAGCUGGACUCUCAGUGGAAAAGGUGUCCAGUUUGAUUCUCAAACACCAGGUCACUGUCAAGCUCUCCAUCAGCCGUUCCAAGGCUCCUUUCUCCUCUCCCCCACCGCUCCUUUCAUCACUUCCCCAACCCCCCCACCAUCCUGCUCCUUCAUCUGAACCUCUUCAGGUCUCUGCGUGUUCGUCUACACCUCUGGUUAGAACUCAGACCUCUCCAGCAGAGGGCUCUUAUUGGUCAGGCUCAACUCCUUCAACCUCUGACCCCCAGAGCUGCCCAGUUGUAGCUGGACGGUUAACCACCAUAGAAAUUUGUAAAGGAAAUUUAGGCCUGGGCCUCAGCAUUGUAGGAGGAUGCGACACCCUCCUGGGGGCAGUAAUAAUCCAUGAAGUGAAUGAUGGUGGAGCAGCGCAAAGAGAUGGACGGCUCCAGGCUGGAGACCAAAUAUUAGAGGUAAAUGACAUAGACCUGCGACAGGCCACACAUGACGAGGCGAUUGCAGUGCUGCGGCUCACCACCCAGCGAGUUCGGCUAAGUGUCUUUAGGCACCAGGAGGCCUACCGGGAGGAGGACCUAUGGGACGUCUUCAAUCUAGUUCUUACUCCCUGUCCUGGAGAAGGCCUAGGAUUCACCACCGUGGGGAAAAGCGAUGACACGGGCAUCUUUGUGUCAGAAAUCAUCAGAGGAGGCGUUGCAGAAUCAGAUGGCAGUUUGCUGCUCGGUGAUCAGAUUCUGUCAAUCGAUGGGGAGGAUGUCCGCGCAGCAUCCCAGGAGCAUGCACAGAAGCUCCUGCAGGAGUGCAAUGAAGAAGUCCAUUUGGAAGUUGCUCGUUUUAAAGCUGGGCUGCAGUACUCCCAGAGGAGUAAGAGCGAGGCCUCUGAAUGCUCAACUGUACCUAGCAAAUGUGAUCCAUCUUUUGGCCACCAGAGGGAGACAGUUAGCAGAACAGGGAGC